AUGCCCAAUGAAAGUCAUGUGGCUGCGGUGGUUCAGGGUAUGUACUCAAUUUGGAGGGCCCGUAAUGAAUCUUUGUACAAUCAAACCUUAGCUGAUCCACCGACGGUAAUGUUGCCAGGAUUUCAAGCAUUGGCACAAUGGAGGGAAGCUCAACCAGUAGAAGGACAUAUGGACGAGCAUUGCCCUAAUAAUCCACUAUGGAAGGCUCCACCACAAGGUAUACUCAAGUUGAAUUUAGAUGCUGGUUGGACUGGUAAUUCCUGCACAGGGAUGGGAUUCGUUGUAAGAUCCUCUUCAGGGGAAGCUCUACUGGCAGCUACACAGUUGGAGGAGAAUAGGUUGGAACCCUUGAUUGCAGAGGCAACGGCUAUGCGGUGGGCUCUUGCUCAAGCUACUGGUGUCGAACUCAAUCGGGUGAUUGUAGAAUCUGAUUCAGAGGUAGUGGUUCGAGCUAUGAAGUCCAGGUCGUGCCCUCCACAGAUAGAGAUGCUUAUUGAAGACUGCAAACAAUUGGCUUUAAAUUUUACUUACAUUUGCUUUGAGCACACUAAGAGAGAGGCCAAUGCAAUAGCACAUUUAUUAGCCUCCAAAGCUUGUGAGUUCCCUUCAAACAUGUGGUGGGAGAAUAGACCAUCAUGGUUAAUUCAUGCUCUUCUUGUAGACUCUACAUUUGAGAUUAUAUGUCUUGAGCUUUCAGUAAAAAAAAAAAAUUUGUAUUCCUCACGCAAUUAA